AUGUCCCCCACGAAACGUCCGGGACUGAUUAGGAAUGCGUUGAGGAGUUGCGGCAGAACCCCUCUUCAUGCCAUCGAAGCACCCUGCCACCCUGCGCGAGGCAUCGCAUGCAUGCACCCAGUAGUCAUCACCUCCGAGCCGUGCUCGCAGGCUCCCCCGCCCGGGCCUCCCCCCACGAAACAACUCAAGCCGGCGGAUGGAAAUGGAUGGAAAUGGCUCAAGGAGAGUUCGACGAUGUGGCUUGAGUCUAGAUCGCGGAAGAGGGACAAACGGCAGGCCGGUGAAGAGGCCGGGGACCGGGGCCCAGAUUUCCAAGCUUCAUUUACACGCCGCCUAUCACAGCAACAAAACCUAGAUGGCCCAUCGAGCUUCCUUGUUCGUCCCUCUCGGGCCUCUCCAAGCCAAGCUGGCCGCCGGCGCGCCAUGUCGGAUACGGCAGGCUGCCACAGGGUGACAAUCGGGCAAUCUUGCAUGAUUAUGGAGGAGGGUCAGAUGCCGAAUCAGGGAUGCAUUCCCCGGCGCUUGGUCAACUUGAGGACCUUCAGCAAGUUCAGCCCCCAUGCAUCACUGUCCUCGUGGGCUUGCAGGAGGUAA